AUGGCCUCUAAAUCCACCCUCCCCACCCCCCGCGCCUUCCUAACCGACCUAUUCUCGUCCCUACCCGCGCCCGCGACACCGUCCUCAAACCCCGUCAAAGAUCUCAAAGGCGCCGACAAGAACCUCCUCCUAACCCUCCACGUCCUCUUCCCCAACGAGUUCCUCCCCGCGCUCGACCUCCUCGACCGCGGGCUAGUCACGCGGUUUCGCAUCCGUUCGGACAGCGCGCCCAGCUUCCACGCAGCUCCAACAGCUCACGCAACGGCGGGAAACGCUGGGACAGAUGCAGAGGGUGCGGCACAAGCUCCACGCCCAGACGCGGAAGUAGUCUUGGAGACCGAGGAAGAGAACGAGGCGGCAACGCUCUACUACGUCCGCUCCGCCCAACCUCCCCGCUCCCGCUUUGCUUCGUCCAGCGCCCACGACCCGAGCGCCACGCACUACGAGGUCCGGCUCGUGGCGUGGAAUUGCGCUUGUCCUGCCUUUGCGUUUGCCGCGUUUCCGCUGUCUGCUUCGAGCGCGGAUGAUGCGGACGGAGCAACCCAGGGAGGAGAGGGAGAGGGAGAGGGGCAAGACUGGAGCUUUGGAGGGCUGAGUUUGGGAGGGGGUGGGGCGCCGGUGUGCAAGCAUUUGCUUGCUUGUGUGUUGGUGGAGAGGUGUGGGAUGUUUGGGCAGUUUGUGGAGGAGAGGGCUGUUAGUGUUGAGGAGGCGGCGGGAUGGGCGGCUGGGUGGGGCGGGUAA